AUGACCCAAGGUUGGACAAAGAGAAACAUCCAUUCUGGGGCAGUUGAGGUAAAACCUUGCAACUUGCUUGCUCCAGCAACGGCUCCAGAGUUCGUGGGGUCUCCGCAUCUGAAGCUCCACAAUGUGGUGUGGAGAGACCCAUUGCAGAACAUCUAUGUGGUGAAGAAGCCCUGGAACGAUGCUGUACUAGGGGCCAUGGUGCUGUUCAUAGACUUCAUUCACAGAGAGUUUCCUACACUCAAUGUGAUAGUUUCUUCCGACGUUGCUGACGAAUUGAACGCAGUGCUCUCGAACCUGCCUAAACGUGCUGGUGAUAAGCCCCACACGAUAUAUACGGGCACAGUUGAAGAUAUUGUGGCCAAAACAGACUUGAUUGUUACGCUUGGCGGCGACGGAACUACGCUACGAGCGGUAUCGGCAUUUCUGAACUCCAGAGUGCCGCCAGUGCUCAGUUUUGCCUUAGGUACCCUUGGGUUCCUCUUGCCCUUCGACUUUCUUCACCAUAAGGAGGUGUUCAAGUCUGUGUACGAAUCGAGGUCCAAAGCACUUCACAGAAAUCGACUCGAGUGCCACGUUGUUCGUCGAAGCGGUAACAGUGGUCAAUCCAGUCUAGACAAAAAGCCAGAGCAGGUACGGCGCUACGAGCUACAGCACUACAAGCAGCACCACAACGCCACGAUGGUUCAUGCUAUGAAUGAUGUCUCUCUACACAGAGGCUCUCAGCCGAACUUGGUGCUGUUAGAUAUCUACAUUGACAGUGAGUUUUUGACCACUACGACAGCAGACGGACUCGUGUUUGCGUCGCCUACAGGGUCUACUGCGUACUCGCUUUCGUCAGGAGGAUCAAUUGUGAACCCGCUAGUUCCUUGUAUAUUGCUUACACCCGUGUGUCCUCGGUCACUUUCUUUCAGGCCUCUAAUCCUACCAUCGACGUCGCACAUUAUGGUGAAGUUGCCUGUGACGAAUCGUAACAGCCUGAUUAACUUGAAUAUUGAUGGGAUUCCGCAGGCGGAGCUCCAUCCUGGCGAUGAAUUGCAUUUGGUUAGUGAAAACGGCACGAUCUUUGUUCCGGGCAAGCACCAGCCGCCUCACACGUUGGCUGCAAAACAGAGCGUGAUCGAUGGGUUGGAGCCCGGCGGAGUGAUCAUGAACCCCAGCAGGGGCAUCUACUGCAUUGCAAAAACGGAGAACGACUGGACCAAGGGCAUCAACGAGCUUCUUGGCUUCAACAAGUCGUUUUCAGGCAAGAAGAAGGUGUAG